AUGAGUUUCCCAGGCUUCGGCGGGGGUAGCUCCGCGGCCGCGUCGACGGUGGCGGCGGGAAUGGGGAUUGGAGGAGCCAGUACGGCGGGGAUGAGUGGCCAGGAAGCCGCGAUGGUGAAGACGAUCCAAGCGGCAAUGGAAUCCUGCCCCGUCAAAUCCGUCAUGGCGGGCGGCAUGGGCUUCGCGCUCGGCGGUGCUUUUGGUUAUUCAUGA